ACCAUGUAUAUAUAUAUAGAGUAACCCUCUGUAGAGAUAUCUUCAUUCAAAUUCCAUUGAUCCAACCAAAUUAUAAGGAGUCACGAAAAAUGACAACCUCAACACUCGCUUUCUUCAUCUUUAGCAUAAUUUUAGCCACUUCCUUCGCUCACCCAAAUACCUCAAACCCCCUCUACAAAGAAAAAGAGAAGGUGUUGAUGGCAGUCGAAGGCAUGGUCUACUGCCAAAGUUGCUCACAAGCCGGAUCCUGGUCCUUAACGGGUGCACGCCCGUUGCCAUCCGCCAAGGUCGGAAUCUCUUGCAGGGACCACAAGCACCGGGUCGGGUUCUACAAAUCCGUUAAGACCGAUAACAACGGGUACUUCUACUGCCCACUUGAGGGGUUGGACUUGAAGAAGUACUACGAGGGUGAACUUGUUCAUGCUUGUAGAGUGAGACUGAUCUCAUCUCCGAACGUCGAGUGCAAUCUUCUAACAAACAUCAAUGGAGGAAUUGAAGGAUCUAUGCUUAGAGAUGUGAACAAGACUUCGGCUGGUGAAGGGUACAAGACCGUGAUCUACAGUGCAGGGCCCCUGGCUUUUCAUCCAGCAUACUGCCCCCCUGAGGAUCACUACUAAGGAGCAUCAUGUGGUUUUCUUGCGAGUUUUGUGAUUGUGUGAUCUCUUAGUUUUCUCUGCUGAUGGUGUGUGCUUCGUUUUCAAGAGCAAGCUUCGGUUCCUUUUGUUUGGGUUCUUAAAUGGUGUGUGCUAGAUAUAUGUGUUACUGAGUUAGCAUCACAAUGAAUUGUUGUAUUCUGAAAGAAAAUUGUAUUGGCUGCAAUUUAUAUAGCAGAUUUAUAGAGAAAAAGAAUACAUUUGUGCAUCAUAUUACGCAAAUAACCCCACUUCUUAUUGCACAAGAUAAAGAAAAGCUUGAUUUUAGAGAAAAUGACUCGAUCUCUUUUAUAGAAAAAAACUUGAUCACAACAACAGAGAGACAAGGGAACUACUUAAAGACAAUUAGGACAUUGAAUUACUUUUUCAAGAACCAAAGACGCCAAUGUCACCAAUAUAACAGAACCCAUGAAAA